CUACAUAUCAAAGUUUCCUCCUCACUAGAGGAAGAGGUGUCCAGGCGACAGCUAUCACAGUAGAAAGUUAACUCAAUUGCGCGUGUCUUUAUUCCACUGCAGCAAAGUCGCAGACAUCAGCCCAAGGAUCGGUACGUGAUGUCACCGUCACACGGAAGCGCUUCCGCCAGCUGCACAUACAGGCCCAAGUUGGAAACAUUAAUCUACCUACAUUUAUGUGUGCGAGCUUGAGAGAUGCACACCACAAGUGAUUGCCCUGUACAGGCAGAAGGCCAAGAGAGCAGAGGCCCUGCAGAGAUCCUCAGGAUUUAUGACCUUCAGGGACAUGAGGUACACAUGAGAUGCCGUCCGACCCUCCAUGCCCUCCCAGUGAACCUGCUAGAGGAUGUUUGACUUCGUCAAAACCUGAUAUCAAAGCUUCCUAUUACCAUGGACAAACAGUCUACAGUGGUGUUUCGAAAUGUCGGGCAACUGUACUUCCCCCAAACCAGAGUGGAGUGUCACUACACUCUGACCCCUGACCAUCAGUGGAGCAGCAGUGACUGGAUAGGGAUUUUUGAGGUAGGCUGGUCUUCUGUGAAACAGUAUUACACAUAUACGUGGGCUCUAGUUCCUGAAGGCUACACCGAGGGAACCAGUGUCAACUCCUGCGCAGUUUUCCACUCAUCCUACCUGCCCCGCCCCAGUCAUGUGGAGUAUGAGUUUGUAUAUGUGGAUAAGAUGGGAGAGGUGUGUGCACGUAGUCGCCCCUUCACUUUCUGUGCUCCAAAACCGCUGGACGAGCUGGAGACUCUGAGUGAGGAACGAGAUGAGGAGGACGGAGAGGAGGAGUUGCUCCUAGUCAUCCCCAGGGCUCAGCUGCUGCAGAGUCGACUGGAGGAAUGCUUCAAAAAGCAGGCGCACAUACAGCAGGCUCUAGAUGUAACGAAAAAGGAGACAGAGAAUGAGAAAGAGAACAGCAGAAAAGCACAGAUGGAGUGGCAGUGCGAAAGAGAAGCUAUGAAGGAGGAGAUCUCCGAGCUUAGAGACAACUUGAGACACAACUGUGAGAUGCUGAAGAAAAUUGAGGGAAAACACAAGAAUGUGAAAUAUAGUCAGGAAAACCUGACCUCUGAACUGAGCAAACUUAUGGCUGAAAAAGCAGAGAGUCAGCAGCGAAUCAAAGACCUGGAGGAGGACAUCAAGGUCCUGAAUGACCGAGAGAAAGAGGGAAACAUGGAACUGGAAAGGCUGAAGGAGAGAGUGAAGAAAAUGUCCAGUCAAAUGAAACACGAUGAGGAAAAGAGAAAGACUCUGCAGGUGGAGAAUGAGGCUGCUCUGGCGGAGGCACGAGGGCUGCAGGAACGUCUGGAGGCCAGUGAGCGUGUAGUCGAGAGCCUGCGUAGGGAGCUGAGGGAGCUGGGCACCCGUCAGGGCCAUGUCCUCACUGAGCUGCACCAAGCCCGGCUGCAGGUGGCCCAGCUCACCCUGCAGCUCUCUGAGGAGAACCUGGCCCUCAGGGAGGAGCACGCCAACUGGGCCCUGGAAAGAGAAGCAUGCAAACAGGCAGCAGAAACCGAUAAAAAGAAAUUACAAGAACUGAGCUGCGAGGUGCAGAGGAAGGAAGAGUGGCUCCAGGAGGAGAGGAUAGAGAGGCAGAAACUAGAAGUAGAGCUUGGGCGAGAGAGAGAUUGCAAUAGAGUGCUGCUGGGUGAUACUAAGCGAGAGCUGCAGGAGCUGAAGGCCAACCUGAGGAAAGCCCAGGCAGAGAGAGAGGAGCAGCAGAUGGACAAACAGGACCUGGUGAACUACAUUUGUCAGUUGGAGCAGAGGUUGGGGAUUGUGCCAGACACUAAAUCGAAUGGAGAAAUUCCCACAUGUAUCUCUCCCCAUUCUUCCUCUGAGGAUGACAAGGAUACUUCCCCAGCUGAUACGCACAUCCAGAGCAAAGAGGACAUGCCAGCCUCUGACACACAGGAUGUGAGGAGGCAGCACUGUGAGAACCGAGCUGGUGCAGGGAAGCAACUGAUCCUACCAGAACUCGUCAACCCCGUGCUGAGUGAGCUAGCAGACUCUCCCAUGUGGUAACACAAAGAAGGAUGAAGAGCAUGUUGCUUGUUUACCACCUCAAUGCAAGUUCACGUGGGUCUUAGUGUACCUAGUAGCAUUUUGUGAUUAAUCUGUUGUUUUGUAGCUGUCCAUGUAGAAAUGGCCUUCACAAAGGUCAUAUUUAUAGUGAAAGGUCUUGUUUUCAAAAAUGCGUUUGUUUUUAAUAGUGUGGUUUCAUUACUUUAUAAUUAAUAAAACUCAGGAUGAACAUUAAGUGCUAAUAACACAAUUCUUGCCUGCAUAUGCCAUUCAUCUUCAUGCUAUUGUGUAGACCUUCAUAUGCAGACACCAAUUGUCCAAGAAUAUAAUUCAUUUUUAUUUCAGACUGUGUAAUUCCUAGAUUUUAUAGCUUUUUAGCCAAUUAAAAUGUGGAUAUGUUGUAAUUGUUUUGAGAAAAUUGCUAAAUGGCGACACAUUUAGCUUGAAUUUAAUUAAUUACAUCUUGUUUUGGUGGCUUAUCUGCCUAAAACCUCUGCAUCUGACUGUCAAUACUGAAACUGUGUCACAAGUGUGGGUGUGUGUGUUAUAGACGAGUGUGUGAAAUGUUCUGCUGCAGCAUGUUGGGCACAGUGUCAGGUUGGAAGAACAUGAACGUUAAUGUAUGAUACAUUUGUUUAUUUAUCUGAGAGAUUAAUAAAAUAUGAGAAUAAAUACAUGUUGAUGGCA